UAUAAAUAGGCCCAGACAACAUACGAUUAUUUGCGUCUGUAUCGAAAGAAAUUUCCGCGAUGGGUUGUAAAUUGCUCUCAGUUUUCCUCCUCGUUUUCAUGUUUGAUAAAAUUUCUACUUUCCCCGAAGAACAUCAAAUCAAAGCUGACGGACGACUAGAGGGCAUGUUUAACACGCUGUCACAGGAAGUGACAUCUCUCAAGAAAUUAUGGGCAAAUGACGUCACAAGGAUAAAAGGCCAGAUAACCAGACUUGAGAAACAGAUGUACCUCCUGCAGGAAUCCACUGUCUCGGGUUUUACACAACGUCAUCGACGAGCGGCCCAUUUACCGUCCAGGAGUAGUGUUCAUUUUUCCGCGGGGAUUAGAGCGGAAUCUCACUAUGGCGUAUCCGAUGGCGCGGCCCUUAUUUUCCAACACGUGACUGCCAAUACCGGAAAUGCCUACGACCCGAACCUAGGAAUAUUUACAGCGCCAACCAACGGCACAUACGUGUUUUUCUCCACCAUUUUAUCGGCAAACACCUAUAAUGUGUGGGUUGAUAUUGUGAAAAAUGGCGUGAGUCAAGUCAGAGAGGGCGCACAUGGGUCAAUGAACACGUUGUAUCCCUCCGCCAGUAAUGUUGUCAUCCUAGACCUCUUCCAAGGCGACAAAGUCUGGGUCAGAUCCGGAACCACGGGGGCGCUGUAUACUCACGAAGAUAGUUCCUUGUCUACAUUUUCUGGCUUUAUGUUGUGA